AUGGAGGAUGAUGAUAAGCUAUUUGAAGCUUAUGUUGAUCCUGAAGCUGAGUUUGGUGGUUUAGACAAGGGCAAGGGUAAGAUAGAUGAGGGUAGUGAAUUCAUAAGUGGUGGGAUGUUUGAUAAGCUAUAUAAUGAAGAAGGGGAGGAAAAUCUUGUUGCUAGUGAUGAUGACUUUGUCAGUGGUGGUAGUGAUGAAGAAAGUGUUGGGGUGAAAUACCCUAAGUUCAAUCCUAGGACUGAAAAAAAGAAUCCAGAACUUAAACUAGGAUUAAUUUUCAGUAGCAGGGAUGAGGCUAAGUUUGCCAUUGAGAGUCAUUGCUUUAGGAGAGGUAUGAUGAUAAAAUUUCAGAAGGUUGACAAGAUUAGGUUGAGGGCAGUUUGUAAAAAAGAUGGAUGUGAGUGGUUUUGCUAUGUGGGAAAGAUGCAGGGGGAUGGUGCUUGGCAAAUUAAGAGCUAUAAUCCAAAUCAUAACAAAUGCUCUUGGAAUUAUAACAACACAAGCAUUAAAUCAGGGUGGAUUGGGAAGACUUUUGUGAAAAAAUUGAAAGAAAAUCCAAAAUUGGGCACAAGUGAAUUUAGAAAUGAAGUCUGUACCACCUUAAAGUCCACCUUAAAGGCCAAUGUAUCUAGAUCACAGGCCUAUAGGGCAAAGCAAAAGGCUCUGAAACUGAUUCAGGGGACUUUAGAGGAACAGUUUAGCAAAAUAAGGGAUUAUUGUCAAGAGUUAGAUAGGAGUAACCCUGGCUCUACUGUCAGAAUGCAGUUGAAUGAUGAAAACACGUUUAAAAGAUUUUAUAUGUGUUUUAGUGCAUGUAAAAUUGGGUUUAGGAAUGGCUGCAGGCCAGUGGUUGGGGUAGAUGGAUGUUGGUUAAAGGGUAAUCAUGGGGGUCAGUUGCUUAGUGCAGUUGGAUUAGAUCCAAACAAUAACAUCUAUCCAAUUGCAUAUGCAAUAGUUGAGAGUGAGACAAAAGAGAGUUGGAUGUGGUUUUUGAAUAUGCUGAAUAUUGAUCUCAACUUUAGUGAAAAUGAACACACAUGGACAUUCAUGUCUGAAAAGCAAAAGGGCUUGAUUCCAGCCUUUGAAACCUUGUUCCCAACUGCUGAAAAUAGGUAUUGUGUUAGGCAUCUUCACAGUAACAUGAAAAGGAAUGGUUUCACUGGAUUGGCCAUUAAAUCAGCAUUAUGGGCUGCAGCAAGGGCAACUAGAGUUGAGGAAUUUCAGAGGAGAAUGCAAGAGUUGAAAGAGAUAGAUGAAAAUACCUAUAUUUGGCUAGCCAAAAAACCUCCACAAAACUGGUCUAGGUCUCAUUUCACUACCUAUCCCAAGUGUGAUAUUUUGUUGAAUAAUAUGUGUAAGUGUUUCAAUAGCUUCAUACUGGAUGCAAGAGAAAAACCAAUUAUCUCUUUGCUUGAAUCUAUUAGAAACCUUUUGAUGACAAGAAUUCAUAUAAAUAGAGAAAAAGCACUUAAGUGGGAUGGUCCUCUCUGUCCUAAGAUUAAGCAAGUGUUGAUGAAGACAAUGAAAGAAGCUGGAGAGUGCAUUCCAAUAAGGUCUGAUGAGUGGAAUUUCCAAAUUAUGGGACCUUCAACUCAGCACAGUGUUGAUGUUAGAGAGAGGAGGUGCAGCUGCAGGAAAUGGGAUCUCACUGGUGCAGAAAUGAAGAUCCAGAAUCUUAUGUGCACAAUUGUUACAAAGUGGAGACCUAUCUGA